AGCUCCAGAUGAAUGAGCUGCUCGCCGAGAUGGCCGCGGUUUCAUCCCGCAGAAAACAGUCAAAACCACGUCGAAUGUCUGGUGAAGGUGAUGCGAUGAUGUCUCCAAUUGAUUUAUCGACAAAGAGUUUUGAUGAAAAUAACUGUGAGAAGGGAGCUGGUGGAGCACUUCCAUUGGAGGAUCGAUCUAAUAUUUUACCUCAUUUUUCUGUGCCAUUUGCAAAUCCACAGCAGUUUCUAUCAUUAUGUGCUCAACUGGGAAAUUCAUCAAGUCGAAAUGUAUCAUCAACAGCAUCAACAACAUCAUCAUGUCCAAUACAGUCAUGCUCUCAGAGUUUUUCAUCUCCGGCAGCACUGACGUGGCAUGUAUUGGAUGCUCAUGAAGAUGAGCAGGAGAUAUUUUCGUGUGAUGUUUGUACAACAACGUUUUCAAACGGACAGGAUAUUAGGGAGCACAAAUGCCAAAAAACAUUAGCAUCCCGUAGUACAUCAGUACCUCCAUCGACAAUUCCAUCUUCUGUAUGCUUCUUAUCAACACCUACAACUCCAUGUCUUCAAUUUUCAAUAAAUGAAUCAAUUGGAACAUCGGAGAUUCGAGAAGAGGACGAAGAAGAAGACAUGGAUGUUGAAGAUGGUGAACAUGUUGCAAAUCAGUUAUUUGGACACCUACUACAAAAAUCAGAUGAUAAAUCGAAAAUGGCGUCACUGUUCAAUCAUGCGUUUCCACCGUUUGCAGCGUUUCCUAAUAUGCCACCACCUUUCUUAAUGCGGCAGCCAUUUGAUCCUCGCGCUGACGUUUUUGCUGCUGGCCGUCACGAUAACGAUGAUGAUUGGGAAGCAUUGAUGGAAAUAUCAACAAGUGAUGAAGCUGAAAAGAUUCGGGCUCUUGUUGGAGAUAAAGCAGUACCAACAACAGAUCCAAAUCAAUGUAUUUUAUGUCGACGGGUUCUUUCUUGUAAAUCUGCUCUUCAAAUGCAUUAUAGAACUCAUACAGGAGAACGACCAUUUAAGUGCAAAAUAUGUCAACGGGCUUUCACAACCAAAGGAAAUUUAAAGACACAUAUGGGAGUUCACAGAUCGAAACAUUCAUUCCGUGGACUUCCGAUCUCAUUACCACCUCAACUUGCUGCAAUGCAUCAACAUCAACAUCAGAUUGCACCACCUCAACGAAUACAUAUUCAUAAUCCGCCAACAUCAGCAGCUUCUGCAGCCGCUGCAGUUGCUCAGAUUCAGGCUAGUCAACAAUGUCCAAUCUGUCAACAAAGAUUUUUGAAUGCUGGAGAGUUGGCUGUUCAUAUCACAGAGCAUCGGAAUUCUCUCACGCAACCUCCACGGGUUAUGCCAACUCCAACGACGACACGCGUACAAACUUUCCCGUUUGUUCCUUUCUUCACAACGCCACCAUCGCUCAAUGCCACUGACAUGUCGACGCAGUUUAAUUUAGCUAAUAUACUCUCGGCGCAACUGAAGAAUGAUUCGUCCCCGAAUACGGAUACAUCAAGUGUUGAAGAAAAAAUCACUCGAGAUGAUCCUCCAAAAAUGGCAUCUCUCUCUCCAUCGAAUAGCAGUGAUAGUUCUUCAUCGGUUCGUCAAGAUAUUUUAGAAUCAUCUGAAUUUGAGGAGAAGCUCAAAAAACUCGAGGAACCCCCAAUUUUGGAGCAACAAGUUUCAACAACACCGAAUCCAAAAAACGAAAAUCCACUGCUUGCAAUGCAAAAAAUGUGGGCGGAGACAGAGCCACCACCGCCACGUCAAAUGCCUGUACUGUCGAAACAUCAAUGUGGAGUGUGCUUCAAGCAUUUCAGCUCAAGUUCUGCUCUCCAGAUUCACAUGAGAACUCAUACCGGAGACAAGCCAUUCAAAUGUGAUAUGUGUGGACGCGCAUUCACAACUCGUGGUAAUCUCAAAGUUCAUAUGGGAACUCAUUCGUGGCAACAAAGCCCAUCACGACGUGGACGACGAAUCUUCGAUGUGGCCUCAUCGGUCACUGAGAAACCGAUGCUUCAAAGCCCAAUUCUCCCAACAUCCGGUGCUCCGGGAGCUUCUCCUCUUGCAAUGCUUGGUCCAAAUGGACUAUCGGGUCUUGAAAUGAUGAUGAUGUUGUGGAGAACUGUAUGCUCCGUGUGCCAAAAAGUGUGUCAAUCACCGAAUGAGCUUGAACAACAUUUGAAAGAGCAUUUGAAUAAUGGAUCAUCUGCUGCUCCAACUCCUCUUGCUUCUGCUGCAACCCCACCACCCUCUUAGCAUUUUAGUGUGACAAACGGUUUUUCUUCAUUUCUAAUUAAUUUUUCUAACGUUUUAUUUUGCUAAUCCCUCUCUGUAAACACUUUCAAUUGUCACUCACUUCAGCUAAUUUUCCCUCUUUCCCCCAUAAAAAUCUCUUUCUUUCUCUAACUAUGGUUGAAUUGGGCUAGUCGCUUUAAUUGUGCAUCACAUCCGGUUGCUCCCCCAAUGGUCUCUAAUUUUUCUCUCGUUUCUUUGUCUCUCUUAUAAUAAUGAUUCGUUCGUUUCCAUUUCCCAGUUAUCUCUAUGCAAAUUGUCAGUUUCUCAAACAUUCUUCUUGGUGCUUUUUUCUCAUUCUCAAUUCAAUUUUCAAUUUGAAAAAUCUGCCUGAUUCAAAAACAAUUGCUUCCAUUUCCUCCUUCGGCCUCAAAAAUUAAAUCAGAAACUACAGAAAUUCCUUUCCUCAUUUUUAUCCAUUUCUUGUUGUGAUAUUCCUAUUUAUAAGUCUCCUCCUCUCACACAAAGCCCCUCCCAUUUUCUCUGUGUGUGUACUCACUUCUCUCCGUUCCCUUGUGUAAAUCAAGUUUUUAUGCACUUGUCAAUAAAAAUUUUGCAAUUC